AAAUAUGAAAAUAUAAUAUGAGAGGAUUUGAGUGUUGUUGCCGACAGGAUUCUUAGACAUUUGCCUCGGAUCCUCGGCUUUUUUUUUUUGACUAUCACCAUGGCAGCAGCAAAGAUGACCUUACGGCUACGCAAGAAGAGUGCCCUGGACAAGUCCUCUGAGGUUUUGUCUGCCGAGGCGUCUCCAGACUCUAAGUGCCCCAUCUGUCUGGACCGAUUCAACAACAUGGCCUACCUCGAUCUCUGCUUGCACAAGUUCUGCUUCCGCUGCAUCCACGAGUGGUCCAAGAACAAAGCCGAGUGCCCGCUAUGCAAGCAGCCAUUCAACUCUAUCUAUCACAGUAUACAAUCAGAGAAGGACUUCAAGAAGUAUGACCUGCGGCCCACGGAGAACGGUUCCUUUGGGAGUUUCGCAGGGGAACGGUUCCGCUACCGCACCACGCUGACGGGGGCGCGUCGGCAGGACCAGAGAAGAACAUCCCCUCCCCCCGACAACGGGGUCAUGUUCGAGGCCCUAACGGGGGCUUCCCCCCCUCCUCGACAGGACCGAGGCCUCCGCCGCAUGAUGGCGCGCCUGGCGGCCAGGAGGCGGGCAGAAAGCGAGGGCCGGACCGUGCGCAGCCUCCGUGAGCAGGAGAUGAUCAAGUUCAGACGGGCGCUCUACCGGCGAGGGGUGCGAGUGCGGAGCGUGCGAGACGGUGGCCGUUCCCGGGACAUCUCGGCGGAGUUCUUUCAGAAGAACCCGGCCUGCCUGCACCGCCUGUUGCCCUGGCUGAAGAGAGAGCUGGUGGUGCUGUACGGCGCUCACGGCUCCCUGGUCAACAUCGUGCAGCACAUUAUCAUGUCCCGCAUCACCCGCUAUGACAUGGAGGACCGGGCCAUCCACGAGGAGCUGCAGCCCUUCCUCCAGGCCCGCACCGAUCACUUCCUGCAUGAGUUUGUCAACUUCGCCCGAGCACCCUUCAACAUGGAGGCCUACGACCAGCAUGCCGUCUACGACUGCCCUGCGCCGUCCUCGGACGAGGGCAGCAGCUCCAACUCCUCGGUGAUUGCCAUCUCAGAGGAUGAGGAGGAGGGCGAUUCUGUGGAGCUGGACCCCCCGGGGGACCCCAUGUCCGGGGGCGCCCUGAGCCAGUCAACAUGGGACGACGAGACACCCGGACCUUCGUACUCCACAACAGAACCCACCAGGGCCCUGCUGCUAUCCAUCAGAGACUCGGACUCAGAGAGCAGUGUGGGGGAGGAGUGCGGAGCAGUGUUACAGCCAAAGGCCCCUCGCCUGACUGCGGACUCUGCUUGGGUGAAAACCGACAAGGAAGGACAGGCGUGUACCUCCUCUGGCGAUGAGGAUUGCAUCAUCGUGGGCUUUGUAAAACCCCUUGCUGAAAGGACUCCGGAGCUGGUCAAGCUGUCCUCUGACUCAGAGGAGUCUGUUCUGGAGGAGAUCAAAGAUGAAGUGCCCAGGCUGCUUCAACACAUCCGCUUCACCAGCCUUAGCCCCGCCUCCUCUCAAGGCCAAUGUCCUGGGAAGGCAGAGGGGGUGGAAAGGAAGCAAGAUGUAUCGUGCUCCAAGGAGAGACGUAACACCUCACCCUCAAUUAGAUGUGAGACAUCAUCCAGUAAGUCAGCAAGCAAAAACAGAGGACAAACUGAGAAAGACGGCAGGAGAUGUCACAGUCGAGAUAGAUCUAGAGAGAGGCCACGGUCGAGAAGCAGAGACCGGGGGAGGAGGUCCAGGAGCGCCGACCGCAGCCGCUCGACCAAGAGCCCGGCUAUCUCCAUCAACAGCGACAGCACUCUGUCCAGAGGCAGGAGGCAGUCACGCUCCCAAAGCCGCGACCGCUCCCACACUAAAUGGGAGAAGACGAGGGACAAUAAAGAUAGCAGCCGAUCAGGCCGCAGCCACGACUCAUCGUCGCACUCCUAUCACUGGCACUACUACAGCCGGGAGAGUGAGAGGGACAGCAGUGCCACGCUCUACACAGAGAGGAGGUCCUACUACUCCAGCUCACACAGGAACAUCGAUUGCAGGUCCCCGAGCCAGAGUCCUGAUUCCCACCGGCGGGAUAAGAGGCGCUCCAGAAGUCGUUCCAGCACCUGUUCGCUGUCCGGCGCUCACAGGAAGUCUCGUCACGAGAAGCCCAGCGGGAAGAGAAAGUACAAAUCGAGACACCUGGAGGAACCUGCCCCCAAAGACCAGUCCUCCAAAGCCCUCGACGAGCCUCCCUCCUCCACCACCUCGUCCUAUGUGAAAGACAAGAAGAAGAGCAAAGAGAAGCGUCACAGGAAGUCCAAGGAGAAGUCUGGGGGGAAGAGGAGCAGGAGCCUCAGCGUGGAGAUCAUCUUUGAGGGCAGCUCCUCGGAGCAAACCAGGAAGCACCAGAAGAAGAAGAAGAAGCACAAGAAGAAGGGCAAGAGGCACAGGAGCAAAGACCGCACAGGGUCCAGGAAACACUCGCCCACUGUCAUUACCAUAGACAGCGACAGUGACCAACAUACUGCCGCAGGCGCUAACGAUGCUAACCACACCUGCCCGGUAAGCAGCAGCACAAGCAACAGCGUGCUAGCGCCUAGCACAACCACCACCACAGGCAACCCUGCAGACUCUGGCCUGCUGGAGUCCAUGUUACAAGACUGGGAACAGCAGAUUCCACCUGUGGGUCUGGACAGUGGAGUGCUGGAGGCCAAGCCUCCUAUAAAUGUUGCUGCUGCUUCUGACACACCCACACAUAGUGAGGGGGUUCUGUCCCAAUCUGCCUCUGCGGAUGAGGCGAACUCUCAUAGCCCUUCAAAUGACAACACAAGUCAUUUUUUGGAAGAAUCAUAAUGCUGGCCUCGGUGGGUAGGAAGACAUUUAAUUUAAAAUUAAAAGUUUAAAAGUUAGUUUUACACCUCACUAUGUAGGAUAUUUUAUAUCUACUGUUCUGCCAAAAGGUGCUCUUUCAUUUGGGAUGUGCCACUUUGCUGUAUGAGGUUAAAAAAAAGGGGGGGGGGGGGGUUAAAGAUUGGGGUUUAUUUGUCUUAUUUACAGUGACUGUCUGUAAAGGCCUACAUUUAAAAAGUAUUUGUAUAAAAUACUUCAACUAAUUUCUUAUCAGUCAUUCAUUUCUAUGCAUCAUUCUCAGGGAUAACAUGGGCAAUAAAGCUGAUGUAGCUUGUACCGUUGUGUUGAAACCAAACAACUUUUCUACCUGCUGCUCAUGUAGUCUGAUGGAAACUGCUCUUAAUACUGGCCAAUAAAUCAACAUGGGAAAGACUGUUGUUGUAACUGUGGAGUUGUAAAUAGUAAUAAAUGUUUCUAAACUGAAA